GUCAUAGUAUGACUUGUAGCGAAACGCUAAAAAAAUAAUUUUGAUGAAUUCGAAAACUCCAAUAAGUUAUCUUCAUCAACUGUGUUUAAAAAAGGGCUACACACCUCAAUACAAUCUAAUUGGCCAAGAAGGAAGAACUCAUGAACCAUUAUUUAUUUUUAAUUGUCAUGUUGCAGAUUUAGUUUCCAAUGGGCAAGGUACGAGCAAGAAAAAAGCUAGACAUAAGGCUGCUCAAAAUAUGCUGAUAUUAAUAUCAAAUCUUGAAAACUUAGAACAUCCCUUGAUUGAUUUGAAAAAAGACAUAUCAGAAAUUGUUAAAGAAUGUGAACAACUUUUAUCUGACAAAGCAAUCUCCAAUGAAUCUCUUAACUUAAUUGCAAAUGAAAAUAUAGAUAACAAAGAUAAUAAUGUGGAAAAUGUUGAAAAUUCUGAUAAAAAGACAUCUACUGAUAUACAUCUCACUAAUGGAGAAAUUCCUCAAAAUACUGAUGAAUCACUUUCAAGCAAGGUGAAUAAUAGCAAUAAUCCUAUAGGGGAGUUACUCGAGAUAUGUCUAACCAAUCAUAUUCCCCCACCUACUUAUGAUAUGGUCGAUGCUCAUGGUAUGGCACAUGAAAGGGUCUUUGUUAUAGAGGCUAAAGUUGAUAAGUACUCUGCUAAAGGUGAAGCGAAAUCGAAAAAAAUGGCUAAAAGACUUUCGGCCAUAAAAUUAUUGACGAUAGUUAAGAAGGAGAUGGUGGACAUACUCGUGACCGAUCCCAUAGCCUCCAAGCCCGAUGUAAAGGUCGUAGAUGGGGUAGAUGGGAAUACCUUAAAUAAGGAUUCUGUGGAAAAUAAUGAGAAUGUACCUGUUUGUCCUGUACCCGUCUCAAAUGUCAAUAAAAAUUAUAACAUUUAUCAGAUCAAAGACCUGAUAUCGGAAAAUGCUGGUAAAAAUGGCACCAACAAAUCUUUUCCCGUCACCGGAUUGAACUUACCCCAGGACAAUAUAGAACAAGUAUAUCUAGAAUUCAGGGAGCCCAAAGAGUCGUUGUUAAAAUUGAAAUCCAUGGAUAUCCCCAAUCCCGAGGACGAAGAAGCGAUAGCAACGGUGGAUAUGCAGCAAAUGAAAUCUUUGCUAAAAUCCAUCGCGUAUGAACAGGGUUUUUCCAUCGAGUACACCCAUCACUACAACAAAAAUAACGACAAAUUCCCGCAUAUAGCCUAUCUUCAGCUCACUACUACCCCUAUAAUUUGCACAGCCGCACUGGGAAAAUCCAGUAGGACGCAGGCGUACGAUGCUUCCGUUUUAGACACUCUAAGAUCUAUCCAGUUAACACUGAGCAGCAGGGAAGCCUGGGAUUCUCUUUACAAAAGCACGCUCGAAAAAUCGUUGCCUCAUGACAACCUUAAUGAAUUGAAGGACGAAACAACGGAAUGGUGGAAUACCACUACCUUUCCCGAAAUAUUCGAGAUACCUUUAGAGGGUAUCAUUAAUACCAAAGACGCGGAUGAAAAAACGACUGAGCAAUCGGAAGCCAACCGUCACUUGGCCGAAAAUCAAGAUUGGUUUUUCCAGGACACCUUCAUGCAAAAAUUUAGACCCCACCAUAAAAAGAGUAAAAAGGAUGCGCUGAGCGAUUAUUUUUUGGACUUCGACCAGAACGGAAUGGAUUGCCAGAUAACGAAUCUUAUAACCGAUAUAGGUCACUCGCUCGACACUCCAAUCAAACCGAAUGAUCGGCAGACGGAAACACGGAAAAUAAAUGCCUGAUUACGUGAAACUGAGAAAUCAAAUUUAUAUACUUAUUUCCUUUAAAAAAAAAUUCUUAAAAAUAAUAAACAGUUAGGUAACACUCUUUUCUAUUCGCGAUACAUUAAUAGUAUAAAUGUCCAAAUAAUAAAUUUAAAAAAAAAAUUUAUAUAUAUAUAUAUAACUAAAAAAAAAUUGGAAUUAAUGUUUAUCACAUUCAAUUGUGUUUCUCAUCUUACCUUGAAUUCAUAAUUAGCUCGAAUCCUUGGCGAAGUAUACAAAAUAUUUUUUUUUGUAUUCUUUGCUACGAAUUUGCACUUACUGUUGAGUUGGUAAUGAAUCAUUUUUUUUUAUCAUGCAGUAACUUAUUUUAAAAUAUUAUGUCCUCCUCCCGUUUAAUUAGCAUGUUAUAGGAUACGAUGUUUGAAAAAGGACAUUUUUAUGUUUUGUAUGACCAAAAAAGGUUAUAAAUUUCCUUACAAUUUUUUUUAAGUGGUUUGUUAUAACAAAGUAUGGCAAUAAUAUGUAUUUCAAUACCAUCGAAUAAAUUAUAUUAAA